AAAAGUUUUGGGAAGCGUCUUUCGGCUUUCGACAUUAUAUUUUUAUUAUUGCAAAUCAUUAAUUUUUACGACAUAUUAACAAGUGGUAAUAUAUGCUGUACUCUUAAUAAAAUACAUACAUACGCAUGAGUGAACAAUGAAGCUCAAAAAAGUAAAAACGGAUACCGAGGAGACUCUUCCUAUGCCACCUCAAGCAGAGAUUAUAGAGGCUGAUCUCUAUAAAAGGACUUACUUUGGUCCUGAUGUACCCACUCUUGAGAUGGACUGUUGGGAAGAAGAGUUAUCUGAGGCCCAACUGCAAGCUUAUAAAAAUGCAGAUGAAGAAUAUAAAAACAUUCAAAAUAAGCUAGAUGAUAUUGUCAAAGAUACAGGAGGAAAGAUUGUCUACAACGGUGAUCAGUUCACUGCUUACCAACUGCUUGGAAAACAACCUGUUCUAAAAGAUCUUGAAAGGCAAAGCGGUGAGAUAAUUAGAUCUAGAUCUCGGUCUAUGUCUAUAUCUAAGGAAACAAAAGGAAAAAGAGGCCGUGCUGCAAAGAGAAACAGGGAAGAGGACUAUGAUUACUCUCCGGAAAGAACUAAAUCACCCGAGACUCGGUCAAGUAAGAAGAAGAAGAAAGACAAGGACAAGAGGAAAGAUGAGAAAGAGAAGGAUAGCAAAGAAGUUACCAAAACCAAGGACAAAACUUUGGCACCAUCCAAUGUGCACAGUGUGGUGACCAAUGUGCGCCCGUCAGAGGCCACAGCUAUCGGGGGCUUGCUCACCGGCACCACUGCCAAGACUACCGCUAUCGUGGACCUCACUAAAGAAGAUAGCACUAAGAAUGUGGCUGAUUCCAGAGAAGUUUCUUUCAAUAAGCUUCAAGGCAAGACGUUCCCGUCGCUGGUGGUGGUGGCGCGGCCGUACCUGCGCGCGAAGGAGGGCCCCGCGUCGGACCGCGCGGCGCUGGACACCAAGGUGAAGUCGGUGCUCGUGCACACGCCCAUGAAGUUCACCGAGUGGCUCAUCCAGCAGGGCCUCGUGCGCUCCGACCAGUGGUGCGCCAUACACGUCGGCAAUAAGCUCAAGUUGGGAAUGUAUUCUGAUGUAUCGAAAUUCCCAUAUUCCGGCGGCUACGUGUGGAUAUCCGAGUGUUGUCCGACAAGAUUUGUGUCUGUGUUCUCGAGCUCCAUCUUCGAAGGAGCGACCUUCCCGCCGAGCGUUCUGCUCAAACUUAUCUACCACUGGGCUUGUCAGACCAAUGUCCAAAAUGUUGUGCAAUGGGUUAAAGUCGACAAUCUGUACGUAAAAGGGCUGUUCACUUGGCUAAGAGCAGUGUGUACGUCAGCGACACAUCAACAUUUGGGUCUACUUGGUGGGUCUGGCAGGAAGGUGGAAGUCGGUGUGAUAUCCCUCGGCACUACGAGCCAUGACGGCACGCAACGGCAAGUUAAGGUGGAAGUGUUGGGUGUACUCGAUCCUGUGGAGAAAUUGAUUCGAUUGCGCGCAGUGGAACCGCUAGCAGAAUAUGAGAAAAACUAUAAAAAGCGUUUCCAGAAGAUUCUAGAACCUCUGUCCAACUGGGUGCACCCCUCGUCCAUCAUCCUCACCGACCUGACGGUGGACAAGAGCACCCUGGUCAACAUGGGCUUCAAGAACGUGAUGCAGUCCUCCUCACACGCUGACCAACCACAAAAACACUCAAAUGCCAAUAUAAUGGAGUACCUGCGCAGGAUCGUGCCCCGAAUGUUCCAGAACACGCUCUCGCUGCUCUCUCGACAGAUUAUACAGCAGUUCCUUGAUGAAUUGGUGUGGCGAGAAAUGUUCGGCGUAACCCCCGGGCAGGCGUUCGACAACAUAGUGCAGCACAUAGCGGAGCAGACGAAGCUGGACGGCAAGGAGACCAUCACCGUGCGCCUCAACAAGAUCGCCGCGCAUCCCUUCAAGAGCUGGAAGUAUCCCAAGAAGAAGGAGAAGGCAGCGGAGGAGGUGCCGGCGGAGGCGGAGACGGCGCGCGGGCGGCGCGGGCGCAAGCGGCGCGAGCCCGAGCCCGAGCCCGAGCCCGCACCGCCCGCACGCCGCCGCAAGCGGGACCGCGCGGCGCAGCAGUAUGACGACGAGGAGGAGAUGCCGCUCUCGCUCCGCACCAAGAUCAAGCAAGAGAAGACGAAGAAAAAAGACAAUAACGAAUCGAGCCUUCUCACGGUUACCCCGCGCGGCCGGCGCAAGGUCAUCAAGUCCUAUGUGGACGAAGACGACGGGGAGCUCGAUAUACCCCUCAAAGCCAUCAAGAAGGAGCUCAAGCCGGAGCAGACCGUCUCCCUCGAGAGGUUCUACUUCGGCCAGACCGAGGAAGCCGAGCCGGAAUCUAUCAAGAUCUCUGUGGAGUGCCCCAAGUGCCAGCAGGUGUUCCACGAGAGCCUGGCGCUGCAGAUGCACCUGGCGGAGCACGCGGCGGGCGGGGCGGGGGCGGUCGGCGAGCUGUGCCCGUGCUGCCUGCAGCGCCUGCCCGCGCACGAGCUGGCGCAGCACCUCGCCGCGCAGCACCCGCUCGACACCAAGCUGCCGGACCUCUUCACCUACGCCUGCUUGAUCUGCGAGGUGCGCUUCGCGGCGGUGCUGACGCUGGCGGCGCACAUGCAGAAGGCGCACGCGCCGCGCGAGCUGCCGUACGCGUGCGGUGCGUGUAGCUACCGCAGCUCCGCCCACCGCGCCACGCUGCAGCACGUGCAGCGCGCGCACCGCCGCUCCGACAAGCUGUGCUGCCCGCACUGCUUCAAGCUGGUGCCGGUGUACGCGGACGGGUGCGAGAUCAGCGCCAACGUGCUGCUGUUCCUGGACCACCUGCAGAUGCACCGCGACAAUCUGGAGAUGCGCUGCAACCGCUGCGUGCUCAAGUUCGUGCACCUCGGCCAGUUGAAAGAGCAUCAAAUCCGUGACCACUGUUCCUUUGAUCACGUCCUGCCGCUCUGCUCUGAGGAGCAUCUCAUCAAUAAGCCUAAGAACAAGGCGCGGCCACCGGUGAAGGACUCGACGAGCCACUCGAUCAGCGAGACGUUCGAAGGGCUGACGCUGGUGCUGCCCGAGGGCCGGCUGUGCCGCGAGUGCGACACGCCGCUCGACAGCGACAAGCACUUCCUCGGCGUGACGACGUGCAGCAAGUGCCCGUACGUGACGUCGUGCUACCGCGCCAUGCUGCGGCACAGCGGCUGCUGCGCCGGCCCGCACUCGCUCGAGGACGCGCCGCGAGCCGCGCACACCACGCUGCACUGCCUCUGCGGGUACACCACGCUCAUCGGUACGGAUAUGCUGACCCAUCUGCUGAUGACGCAGCACUCGAGCGCGUACUCGUCGGAGGAGGAGGCGCGCGCCAACAUCGCCGCGCCGCGUGAGGAGCCCGCACAGGCACAGGCUGCGCAGGCCGCACAGGCCGCGCAGGCCGGGCAGGGUGCACAGCCGGCGCCCGAACUGGUGCCACCUGCGCAGGCUCCACCCGCACAGACAGCGCAGUCGGAUACGGUCCCCGUGGACAGCAGCAUGUCGGCGAUACCGGAGUACGCGCCGCCGUCGGUGAUCAACACUCAGCUAUCGCUUGACGAUUUGGCGCCGCCUUCGUUGCUUCAACAGGACCAGCAUGAUCAGGAGCUACUCAAGGAAGCUUAUGACAGACCACUGGCAACCCCGCGGCAUGAGGAGCAGCACUACAGUCUUGGAGACUUUGAGCCGUUGCCUCAAGAGCCACCACCACAGCCAGACUUUGAACAACUGUAGAAAUAUCUAUCUACUAAAAAUCAAGAUAUAUUCAUAUUAUAUUUGCUUAGAUUUUUCUAUUAUGCAUAACAAUAUUCCAUGUAUAAUGUUAUAGGGAAAAGUUAAAUAAAGAAGUCAAUAAUAUUA